AUGGAGUCACCGUGGAUAACGAUGCGCGAAAAGGAUGCAUUCCGGAAAGUUAGCAUCGAUUGGCACCGUAUUAUAGGAUUCCAACCAGUCCAGACCGAAGGACGUAACAUAGCCAAAUCGUUACGAUGGAGAGCAUUCCGGCAAGCCGACAUAUUAGAUGCGUUUAAGAGAAUGAUAGGCCCGGAUGCCGAGUUUAGGGGUGAAGGGCAUAAGAAUGUUUUAGGCAUUAUGCCUACCGGCGGCGGCAAGAGUUUGACAUUCAUGUUACUAGCCCGUUAUUCGCCCGGCGGAGUCACCAUCGUCGUAGUGCCGUUAACGGCGUUAGAGGGCGACAUAGUUAGACGUUGUAAGGAGAGCGACAUUAAGUAUGCAUUAGACCGAUUGGUGAUCGACGAGUGCCACGUCGUGUUAGAUUCUAGGCGGAAGACAGCCGACAAAGACGCAUGGCGACCGGAGAUUUUAGAGUUAUAUAAGACGGUCGAGCAGUUAGUGCAGACGUUGUUUUUAACAGCAACAUUGCCGCCACGGAACGAGUUGGAGUUUUACGACAAGAUGAACAUCAACAAGCACGAAAUCGUUAAGAUCCGGGACAGCACGACACGUAAGGAGAUUAAGUACCAGGUUGUCGAUUACGAGGAAGAGGAGGAAGAAGAGGCAUUACAACGCAUGGUUGACGACAAGAAGAGAUAA